UCCAGGAGGCAGAGUUCUCCCUGUGGCCGCCAUUAAAGAAAGGAAUCCGUGAAUUCAAAUGGAAACCAGCAGGAACAGAGACCGAAAUCACACUUAAAAUGAACAAGAAAACACACCUCCGCACCAGCUUUUGAUCGCUUUUUUCCGACAAGAUGUUUUUCGUUUUAAAAUCGAAUUCGGGGGCGAUGGCAGAAUAGAGAGGCGAUUUUAGCAAAGACCGUUUAACUAAGCAAAGGGGGAGGGGAGAGUUGCUUCUUUGCUCUCCUUUUCUUUUUGUUUUAAGAGCAUUUUCGCUUUUUUAUUUUAACUUAACUUAUACAUGUAUUUUUAACGCAGACGACGCGGCGACCGCGUUGCUUUUUAUUUACCUGGCGAUAUAUAAUAUACACAUUUUUUGGUCAGACACGAGAGGAAGCGAAGGGUUGUUGAAUUUAGCCAGCCGAUUGUUUAAAAAUAAUUCGUGUAGCUUCGCUGAGCUGUAUUAAUCUUAGUGCAGAAAGAAGAGGAGGCGAAAACAGACGAAUAUCAGAGAAAAAUCGUCCUUUUUUCUCGGAAAGUGAAGCGAUGGCGUGCCCGACCCCGCAGUGAGGAUGAGUUCUUGUUUCGUGCCGAACGGGGCCAGCCUGGAGGAUUGCCAUUCCAACCUCUUCUGUCUGGCCGACUUGACUGGAAUUAAAUGGAAGCGCUAUGUGUGGCAGGGCCCCACCUCUGCCCCGAUCCUCUUCCCUGUGACGGAGGAGGACCCCAUCCUGUGCAGCUUCAGCCGCUGCCUGAAGUCAGAUGUGCUGAGUGUGUGGCGGCGGCACCAGAAACCCGGCCGCCGCGAGCUUUGGCUUUUCUGGUGGGGCGAUGACCCAAGCUUUGCUGAGCUCAUCCACCAUGAGCUCACAGCUGAGGAGGAUGGCGCAUGGGAUAGUGGCCUGUCGUAUGAGUGUCGCACACUCCUCUUCAAGGCCAUACACAGCCUGCUUGAGCGCUGCCUCAUGAACCGCAGCCUUGUCCGGUUUGGCAAGUGGUUUGUCAAGCCCUACGAGAAAGACGAGAAACCUAUCAACAAGAGUGAGCACUUGUCCUGCGCCUUCACCUUCUUCCUGCAUGGGGAUAGCAAUGUGUGCACCAGCGUGGAAAUCAACCAGCACCAACCUGUCUACCACCUCAGUGAGGAGCACCUGCGAGUUGCACAGCAAUCCAGCACUCCUUUCCAAGUGAUUCUGAGUCCAUUUGGUUUGAACGGAACUCUGACUGGCCAGUCCUUCAAGCUGUCGGACCCCCCCACACAGAAGCUAAUUGAGGAAUGGAACCAAUUCUAUCCCAUCAGUCCCAGCUCCAAGGAGAACUUUGAGGAAAAAACAGAGGACAUGGACUGGGAAGAUGACUCAUUGGCUGCAGUGGAGGUCCUUGUUGGUGGGGUUCGGAUGGUUUACCCCUCCUGCCUGGUGCUUGUCCCUCAGUCCGAUAUCCCCAUCGUGGCCCCUAUGGGGUCCUCCCACUGCACGGCUGCUUAUUCUGGUGGCCACCAAGUGCCUGCCUCUCAGCGAGACCCUGCCAUCUCCUCAGUCACCCUCACACCUCCCACAUCACCCGAGGAGACCCAGACAGCAGCUGACUCCCAGUCAUCACAGAAGUGUGUAAAGCUUUCCUUGUCGUCGGACGGCUUCAGUGUAGACAGCACCAACCACCAUGGAGGCCGGAUCCCUCGCAAGCUGGCCAGCCAGGUGGUGGAGCGGGUGUGGCAGGAGUGCAAUAUCAACCGAGCUCAGAACAAGCGGAAAUUCUCAGCGACCACCAAUGGACCCUGUGAUGAAGAGCUGGUGGAGAAAGUUGGGACCUGGGAUUUUGUGGAACCCAUUCAAAGGUCCAGCUGCACCUGCUCAAGGCACAAAAACCUGAAGCAGCGUGCUGGCAGUGUUUCGGGACAGUCCCAGUUGGCCAGCCAGCCCCCUCAGCUGCCCCCCAAGCACAAGACUGCAGAGAAGCCUGAAAAGACUGAGAAGCAGCAGAAGAGGCCGCAGACACCAUUCCAUCACCGCAGCGCUACAAACGAAGACAUGCCACUGGAACCUGAUGCUGCAGCUGCCCAGCGCCUGGUCAUGAGGCCUCAGGAAACAAGCCGUUUUUCGGGCCUGCGUCAUGCUGAUAUGGUGGCUUCCACCACUGGCACCAGAGGUCUCCAGCUGCACAGCACACCACCAGAAAUGGUGGGCUCUCCACAGCCUCCACCGCUCAGCCCUCACCCGUGUGAGAGGGGGGAGGAGGCAGGCGAAUCUAUGAAGAACCCCCACACCCCUCAUGGGCAGCACUUCUACCAGGCUGUGGCUGAACCCUGCCUGGUGGCACAGAAGGGGACCGAAGACCCUCGCCUGGACAGCCUCGCCCAUCCCUUCCAUGCUGCCUUUACAGAAGCACUGGAGCCCAUUGUCUAUGUGGGGACUGCUGUCAGCCUGGAAGAUGAUGCUGCACACAUGCCCUGGAAGUUCUUCAACCUGCCGCGCAGGAAAGAGGCAGACUUCCCCACACCGCAGCUUCCUGGCGACAAGCUGAGAGAUGAAUACCUUGGGGGACAUGAUGGCAUCGUGUCAGUCACAGAGCUUCUGGCUGCCUCCACAAAACCCUUGAAAGUGUCAGAGGAACUGGUACAGACCUACCUGCAGAGACGGAACCAGCACCUGACAGCUGCCAUUGGUGACAGUGAGCAUGAGCCUGAGGUGGACCCCUAUGCAUUUGUGGAUGGAGAUGUGGAGUUUUUGUUCCCAGAAAAGAAGGACAAGCAGGGUGGUGAGAGGGAGGCUGGAAAGAAACACAAGGGGGAUGAUUCCAAUGCUGGUGCUGCAGAUUGUGAGGAUGCCAUGUCACUUUUCAGCCCUUCUGGCAAGUCAGCAGAUGCCCAGCACACAGCAGCCCACAAUCGCACUGCCUCCACCAGCCUGAUGAAUGAGACUGACCUUGCUGUCUCCAUCAAUGACCUGGACAACCUCUUCAACUCUGAUGAGGACGAGCUUGUGCCUGGCUCCAGGCGAGUUGUCAGUGGGACGGAUGAAAAAUUCGGCAAUAAGGAAUCGAAACCCACGACACUUGACCCGCUGUCCUGCAUAAGCUCUGCAGACCUCCACCAGAUGUUCCCUACACCCCCCUCCCUUGAACAGCACAUCAUGGGGUACUCGCCUAUGAACACAGGAAGUAAAGAAUAUGGCAGUAUGGAUACUGGGGCUGGCAUGACUGCAUUGGAUGGGACCACCUCACUCAGUGGCCAGUUCAGGAUUGAGGUGGAGGAGAGCUUCUGCAGCCCAAAGCCGUCUGAGAUCAAGGACUUCUCAUUUGUGUACAAGCCUGAGGUCUGCCAGCCUUUCCUGGGAUGCUCUAUGUUCGCCCCAUUGAAGACACUGCCCAGCCAGUGCCUGCCACCAAUCAAGCUACCCGAGGAGUGUGUCUACCGCCCCAGCUGGAGCUGUGCAGGCAAACUGGAGCUGCUCAACCCCAUGCCAGGCAUGGCCUUCCUCAACAAAGACAGCAAUAUCCCAAGUGUGGGAAGUGCCCUGGACCAGGAUUACACCCAGACCUACACACCUCAAACCCACACACCCUUCAUGUCCAACAGCGCACCCCCCAGUAACAGUGGCCCCGGCAUCCUUCCAUCGCCAGCCACACCCCGCUUUUCAGCUCCCACCCCCCGUACGCCACGCACCCCACGCACCCCACGGGGUCCCUCAAGUGUGCAGGGCUCCCUCAAGUAUGAAAACUCAGAUCUGUACUCACCUGCCUCCACACCCUCCACUUGCCGGCCACUCAACUCUGUGGAACCAGCUACUGUGCCCUCUGUGCCCGAGGCCCACAGCCUUUAUGUUACCCUUAUCUUGUCUGAGUCAGUCAUGAACCUCUUCAAGGACUGCAACUUCGACAGCUGUUGUGUCUGUGUCUGCAAUAUGAACAUCAAGGGUGCCGACGUGGGAGUCUACAUCAGUGACCCUAACUGUGAGGUGCAGUACUCCUGCACCUGUGGCUUCAGUGCUGUGGUGAAUCGCCGUUACGGCAGUGGGUCUGGCCUCUUUCUAGAGGAUGAGCUGGACAUUGUAGGCCGGGGUUCAGAUGCUGGUCGCGAGAUUGAGCGCCGCUUUGAGGCCUUACGCAAUGGGAGCACCUGCCCAGAGUGGCUGGGCAGCCCCAGGGACCGUGUUCCCGAUGAGCUUCUCCUCCUGCUGCAGGAACAGUGCAGCAGUCCUUUUUCACCCCUCUCUGUUCUGGAGGCUGAGGGGUCAGUGGUGCCCCCCUGGGCAGGCCAGCGUGUUGAAGAGAGGGACUACUGUGGUGACUGCUAUCUGGCUCUGGAGCAUGGCCGUCAGUUCAUGGACAACAUGUCAGGGGGAAAGGUGGACGAGGCACUUGUGAAGAGCACCUGUCUGCACCACUGGGCCAAGCGCAAUGCAGUGGAUGUCAGCACGCUGUGCUCGCAGGAUGUUCUGCGGGUAUUAAUGUCACUGCAGCCUGUGCUUCAGGAUGCCAUCCAGAAGAAGAGGACAGUUCGUUCCUGGGGUGUCCAGGGUCCCCUCACCUGGCAGCAGUUCCAUAAAAUGGCUGGCCGCGGGUCCUAUGGCACUGAUGAGUCCCCAGAGCCACUACCCAUCCCUACGUUUUUGGUAGGCUACGAAUACGACUUUGUGGUGCUGUCACCCUUCAGCCUGCCCUACUGGGAGAAGCUGCUGCUGGAUCCCUUUGGCUCCCAGCGUGAUGUGGGCUACCUGGUGCUGUGCCCUGAGAAUGAUGCAUUGCUUAAUGGUGCAAGAAACUUUUUCAGGGACCUGACUGCGGUUUAUGAGUCGUGCCGCCUUGGCCAGCACCGGCCCCUCUCCAAAGUGCACGCUGAUGGCAUUGUGCGCGUUGGCAAUACUGCAGCCAAGAAGCUGUCUGAGCGGCCCGUGAGCGACUGGUUUAUCAAAGCAGCCAGCGGUCCCAGUGACUACUUUGCCAAACUAAAACUUUAUGCCCAAGUAUGCCGACAUGACCUUGCACCAUACCUUGCUGGUCUUUCUCUGGACAGCUCCCUUCUUGCUCAGCCAACACCUCCUCCCCUGCCCCAGCCCUCAUCUACACAGCCAGCCAACCCCUCCACCACCUCCUCCGCUGGAACCCAAAGCACCUGCACCAGCACACACGGGGGCUCGUCACUCGCCAGUAGCAGUGCUUCUGCGGUCGGCAGCACAUCCUCUUCAGGCCCUGCAGGCAUGGGUAGCAGCAUGCAGUCAGCUAAACCCAGCUCCUUCCCACCCUUCGGGAACAUGGGCGCUCUGGGUGGGCAGGCUAGCACUGGCCCCUCUGGGGACAGUGUGUCCUGUGCCAACCCAAUACAAGGGGCCACGGAACCACCCGAAAGCACCAUGGAGCGGGAGAAGGUCGGUGUGCCCACAGAUGGUGAGUCACACGCUGUCACCUACCCGCCUGCUAUUGUUGUGUAUAUCGUGGACCCGUUCAGCUAUGAAGAGGCAGAAGGGAUACCACGCUCCAACGUGUGGACGGCAGGCCUCCUGCGCUGCUACCUGGAGAUGCUCCAGUUCCUUCCUACACACAUCAGGAAUGCUGUAUCCGUGCAGAUCAUCCCCUGCCAGUAUCUUCUUCAGCCGGUGCAGAGUGAGGAGCGACACAUGUAUGCCCAGCACCUUAAGUCACUGGCCUUCUCAGUUUUCUCUCAGUGCCGACGGCCGAUGCCUAGUUCUACCAACGUCAAAACCCUGACUGGCUUUGGGCCAGGCCUGGCCCUGGACACUGCCCUCAAGAGCCCAGAGAGGCCAGAGUGUCUGCGGCUUUACACACCACCCUUCAUCUUGGCCCCGGUGAAGGAUAAACAGACAGAACUUGGGGAGACGUUUGGCGAGGCAUCGCAAAAAUACAAUGUUCUCUUUGUAGGCUACUGCCUUUCGCAUGACCAGCGCUGGCUGCUGGCCACCUGCACAGACCUUUAUGGGGAGCUACUGGAGACGUGCAUCAUCAGCAUUGAUGUACCCAACAGGGCCCGAAGGAAAAAGGGCUCAGCCAGGAGACUUGGUCUCCAGAAGCUGUGGGAGUGGUGUCUUGGACUGGUGCAGAUGACAUCACUACCCUGGAGAGUGGUGAUUGGUCGCCUUGGCAGAAUAGGUCAUGGGGAGCUGAGAGACUGGAGUAUCAUCCUCAGUAGACGAAACCUGCAGUCCUUGAGCCGACGCCUGAAGGAGAUGUGCAGAAUGUGUGGCAUUUCUGCUGCGGAUACUCCCAGUAUUCUCAGUGCUUGCCUGGUUGCUAUGGAACCACAGGGUUCCUUCGUCAUUAUGCCAGAUUCUGUAUCCACGGGCUCAGUGUUUGGACGCAGCACCACCCUAAACAUGCAAACAUCCCAGCUGAACACACCCCAGGACACUUCCUGCACGCACAUCUUGGUGUUCCCAACCUCUGCCUUUGUCCAGGUCGCUAGCUCCAACUAUACUACGGAGAACAUUGACAUUGCUUUCAACCCCAUCAAUGAUGGCUCAGAUGCAAUCGGAAUCUUUGAGCUUCUGGACACGGAGAAUGACCUGGUGGACCCGGAUAUCAUCAGCAUCCUGCCAGCCUCCCCCACCACAUCCCCAGUUCACUCACCAGGCUCACACUACCAUCAAGGAGGAGAUGGCAGCAAGGGACAGAGCACCGACCGGAUGGAAUCUCAUGAUGAAACUCCAAACAUUCUCCAGCAACCCCUGGCUCUAGGCUACUUUGUGUCCACAGCUAAAGCUGGCCCACUGCCUGACUGGUUCUGGUCAGCCUGUCCACAAGCUCAGAACCAGUGUCCUCUUUUCCUCAAGGCUUCUUUGCACCUCCAUGUGUCCUCAGUGCAAUCAGAUGAGCUGCUGCACAGCAAACACUCCCACCCCCUGGACUCCAGUCAGACCUCUGAUGUGCUCAGAUUUGUUCUUGAGCAGUACAAUGCCCUCUCCUGGCUAACAUGUGACCCAGCAACGCAGGACCGGCGGUCCUGUUUACCCGUUCACUUUGUGGUGCUGAAUCAGAUGUACAACUUCAUAAUGAACAUGCUGUAAUGGGCAGCAUAGGAACAGCCUGGGGAGGUGGUGCAGGAGCAGUGAGGAAGAGGAGUAGGAGGUGGAAGGAGUAACAGCGCUUGAAAGGGACCUACCUGUCACCCAACUAUAGUGCCGGACUUGGAGUCUGAAGCCCUCCCAAUGCAAGUGGACCAGGGCACCAUGUGUUUCUAUUAGCUAAUACCAUGAAAGUUAUGCUGCUUCUGUUGCUGGUCCAGCCUCUGAAAUGAGAAAACCACUGCAGAAGAAUGAGGCCACUAUCAGGAAACAGAGAAACCUCCACCCCACCCCCACAGCCAUGGUAUUUGCAAUGGUAACACUGGAGUGGCCCUGUCCACAUGAUACAUGUCUGUAAAGUAUUGCAAGAAAAGGGACUAUCAGUGAUAAAACCAACUAAUUGACUUUGCUAAAAAAAAAAAAAAAAAAAAAAAAAGCUGAAAUUCCUCUCUUUGGAUGAAACGCUAUCCAAAUGAAUAGCCUGCAUCAAUCUUAUUUAUUGUAAGUUUUUAAAUGUGUAA